AUGAACGUGUCCACGUCAUCAUCCGAUGCUCCGGCGUCGUCGUCGUCGCGCCCGGACGACGACCAGCGCCGUCGAACCGCGUUCAUCGAGACGUACGGUUGUCAGAUGAACGUCAGCGACAGCGAGAUCGUCGCCUCCGUACUCCAGUCGAAUCGCUACGUCGUCGUGGACGACGUCGACGCCGCGGACGCGGUGCUCGUCAACACGUGCGCGAUACGCGACGGCGCGGAGGCGAAGAUCUGGCACCGCCUGAGGCAGCUCAAGCGCGAGUGGAAGGACGCGAAGAACGCGCCCGUCGUCGGCGUGCUGGGAUGCAUGGGCGAACGUCUGAAGCACAAGCUGCUCGAGACGGACGGCCUCGCGGACCUCGUCGCGGGGCCGGACGCGUACAGGGACCUCCCGCGGUUGAUCGACGUCGCGCGCGGUGCGUGGAGCGGCGGCGGAAGCGUGGAGGCGGCGAUCAACGUCCAGCUCAGGCGCGACGAAACCUACGCGGAUGUGAAACCCGUCCGCGCGAACGACGCGGGGCCUUCCGCGUUCGUGAGCAUCAUGCGCGGGUGCAACAACAUGUGCGCGUUCUGCAUCGUGCCGUUCACGCGCGGGAGGGAGCGGUCGCGGCCGAGGGCGUCCAUCGUGGACGAGGUGAAGAGGCUGGUCGACGAGGGGAGGAAGGAGGUGGUGCUGCUGGGGCAAAACGUCAACUCGUACGCGGACGCUUCGGGCGCGUUCUAUCUCACACUGGUCCCCAUACGACCGCGUUCGCGUGGGUUCAAGUCCGUGUACAAGCCGGGGGCGCGGCGGGAGAACGCGUUGCUCUUCGCGGAGCUUCUCGACGAAGUCGCCGGCGUCGACCCGGAGAUGCGCGUCCGCUUCACGUCGCCGCACCCGAAGGACUUCCCCGACGACGUCUUGAACGUCAUCGCGUCCAGGCCGAACGUGUGCAAGCAGCUGCACAUGCCCGCGCAGAGCGGCAGCACGACCGUGUUGGAGCGCAUGCGGCGCGGGUACACGAGGGAGGCGUACGUGGAUCUGGUGCGCCGCGCGCGCGAGCGCGUUCCGGGCGUCGCCGUCUCGAGCGACUUCAUCAGGCGCGUUUUCGGCUUUUGCGGGGAAACGGAGGACGAACACGCGGACACGGUGUCGCUGAUGAAUCUCAUGCGAUACGAGCAGGCGUUCAUGUUCGCGUACAGCAUGCGAGAGAAGACCGCGGCGUCCAGGCACCUGGUGGACGACGUCCCCGAGGAGACGAAGAAGCGGAGGCUGGCGGAAGUGAUCGCCGCGCAGCGCCGGGGCGCGGAGGAACGAAACGCCGACGAAAUAGGCGUCACGCACCUGGUGCUGAUCGAGGGGACGUCGAAGCGGUCGGACGCGGAGUACACGGGGCGGACGUGCACGGGGAAGCGCGUGAUCGUCACCGCGGCGAGAACGCGCGAGGCCGACGUGGACGUGACCCCGGGCGAGUACGUCGCGGUGCGCGUCGAGAAGGCGAACGCGUCGACGUUGUUCGGAUCGCCCGUCGCGCGGACGACCGCGGCGGGGUUCCACGCGCUGCACGGCGCGUCGUGGUGGGCGGGAGGCGGGGAGCCGCGAUAG